AUGCUGUCGUCCUUCCGGAUGGCAAACACGUUCCCCGAGUGCGUGGGAAGUGUUGAUGUGAUCGCUGAGUCCGAUUGCAUCAAGAAGUUGCUGUUAAUGCCAUUCGACUCGACGCUCAUCUCACUGAUGGUCCACCGGAUCGGCAAUACUCUGCUCAUCGAUGAGUUUGAUUUGGCUAACCAUCUGAUCCUCAAUGAGAGCAAACAGUGGUCGUGGCUCAAGAGGUUCGUCGACGACAUGAUCGUUAACUGUAAGACAAACUCGAAGCCAAUGAUCACCAAAAAGGUGAAGACGAGGGAUGAGCUGCAGACGAAGAACAUGUUGUGUAAGUUUCUGCACUAUUCUGUCGAUCAAAACCAGAAUCAGACGAAGGAGUCGCCUGAAGAUAAGCUGCGGUUAUCACCGAAAAAGAGUUCCCAAAGCGAUAAUAAGUGCCAUAAAAGCGAUGACAACGAGAAGAAAGACUUCUAUUUUAGUCAUUACAACAAAGAGAGUCAAGUGUCGGAAAUAAUCGCCAAACGAUUGGAUCAAAUCGAAGACAAUUCUGAGACACGUUUCCCCGGAUUCUUGCGUAACGUCUUGUGGACCUUCGAAGACAUCCGGAUGUUAGUGGCCUCUAAUAUGCCUAUAUUUGGUGACUCCAACCACCCGGCGGUCAGUCUUAGACUUCACGACAUGAAGAGACCCAUCAAUGUCUUGACAGGACUUGACUACUGGUUGGAUAACUUGAUGUCAUCGGUGCCCGAAGUGGUCAUGUGUUACCAUUUGGAGGGAAUCGUUCAGAAAUAUGAACUCAUAAAAACUGAAGAAAUACCUCAAAUGUCGGCGACUAAAGGGUCGCUGUUUUCGCCGAAAGUCGUACAAAAUAUCGCCCAAAAUAUACUGUCGUUUCUGAAGUCGAAGGCAACCAAAUCCGGUCACACGUAUUGGUUGUUCAAAGGGAAACACGACGAUGUCGUCAAACUCUACGAUCUGACCACUCUUUGCGUGGAUUACAUGCGAGAGAACGACUCGAAUCCGUUCGCCAUUCCGGUGGCAAUGCUUUUGUAUAGAGUGGCGAAGAAUAUGAAAGACGCCAAUCAGUCGAAGCACUCGCCGGUCAUUGACUCCAAAAUUCAUAAACUCUUGACAAACUGUUUGUCACUAUUAGAUCCCACGAAGCACUCGCAGAUUAUCUCAUCGGCUAAUUAUUUGUUAAGCGAAGUCUAUAUUCCCAAUGAUAUCGACCCAACACUCCUACCAUCAGUCAGUGAUAGCAACGUUGGAAGCGAUGGCAGUGAAGAAGAUUUUGAAGACUUCGAUGACUUUGAUUCGAGCGACGGUUCCAGUGAUGAUCUAAAUGUGCCAACACUUGAAGUCAAGAAAUUAGGUUUUCCCGACUCUUAUACGAAUGAAAGGCCGAGAAAACCAAAGCAGUCCAGCAGUGACUUCGAUGUGGAGAACAGUUUGGAGUGGAGUGUGAAGUGCGAGAGAGCUCUCAAACACAUCGUCGAAGGACUCAACUCUUUGUUUCACUCGAAUGUCCAAAAACAAGAGGAAAUCCUUUAUAAGACAUCCAAAGACGAGUCACAAAAGAUGGCUAAUCCUAACGAAGCGAUUCCUUUGAAUUACGAUUCUCUAAAUCAAGACAAUUGUGACAACGGGUCCAUAACUGGCAAAGAGUUGACUCAAAUCGCACCACAAGUGAUACCAAACUGGAAGACGUGUCUGGAAGUGUGUCUCUUGCAAAAGGGGGCUCAAGUGUUUUGCAUUUUAGCAGAAUUGGCUAAUUCUAAGACCAAUUGUCUUAAAGCACUUAAGUUUAUCCGAAUGGGAGUCAUGUGUUACGAGACGGCACUCGAUAUCAUCGAAAAGAGCGGACAAACCAACUAUUUUAAGGAACCCAUCACUUGUCUGCUCGCACUCUGCGGUGAUAUUCACCUGAAAAUAUUGAACACUUCGCUCACUACCGAUGAAUCGUCUGAUUCUGAUAAUGAGAAAGAAGUGAACGAAUUGUUUAACAAAUUACCAGAAAUACUCGAAAAGCUUAGCGAAAAACAACUGAUUGAAGAGUUUCGUUGGGCUUAUAAUCCUGUGAUUAAUAGUGAGAAUAGUGUGGAACAGAGACUGAUUCUGUGCUACCGGUGCUAUGAGGAGGCCUUAUAUCAAUUGAAUGACAUUAAGCCCACAAAUAAGGCAAAGACAGAGAAUAAUACUCUACAGGAAAGGCUAUCCAAAAGACUGGGAUAUAUUUGCAACGAAUUGGCCAACUAUUACAUGAAUGAAUCGCUCAAACACUUCAACCAAAUUGCACUGACCACCAAAAGUCUGACCAACUUUCGGGAAGCCGUAGACUUGUUCACAAAAGUGGGCGACAAAGAGAACACAUCACUAAUGCUGUCAAAUACGGGUCGUCUGAUGAGAACCUGUGCCCACAUCUUCGCGCCCACAUUCAGGCAAAACAGUUCCGAUGAGUUCUCGUCAAAAGAAAGACAAUUCUAUAUCAAAGCUAUGGAUUACUAUAAGUCGGCUCUCAAUGAGUUGGGAGUGGACUCGCAAUCCAAAUACAUGAACGCUUUCGAUAAUAUCAAUUGGGAAUUGUGUACAACUCUGUACACCAUUGGAUGCCUUAUGCAAGACUUCGCCCCACUCUCCACCUCUGCCUUUGAAAUAGUCGAGGAAGAGAUCACUAAAUACUUUACCGAAGCGUUGAAUUUGUGUCAAAAUGGCCAGAAAUGUGAUAAUUCGCGUAAUGUGUUGUAUCAGUACAGGACGGCCACUAUUAGUCAUCGGUUGGCAUCGCUUCACCACAACUCUUAUAGAAAUAUGAGCGACGAGAGUGAGCGACGGAAACAGAUAUACAACGCGUCCAACAAUUAUUACGAGAAGUCGCGGCUUAUGUAUAAACUCCUGAACGAUAAGGAGGAGUACGUGAGGGUGUGUUUGGAACAGAUAGGUCUUCACGAACGCAAUUUGUCUCAACUGAAUGGCUUCGGCUCUAAACUCAAGGCUCUUCACCUCAUUCUCGCAAUCAUACUAACCGUUAACGAUAUAGACUUCACGGACUCUGAGACCGAUGAGGAGAAGCAAAAGAUCGACGGUUUGCUGCAGUUGUUGAGCGCGAGGAUCAGUCUUUCGGUCAAAGCACUCAUCAAAUGCUACUCAAGUAAAGCGUCGAAACAUAAGGACUCCAUUCAGAAGUGGACACAAAUUGAUGAAUUCAUUGCGAAGACAAACGCUUCCAAACGGACCACAGUUUACGAUAAAGUGAACAAAAUUUGCGCUAAAAUUAAUUCAUCAAAACUCUUGGAAACAAGUCCUCAGAAAUAG